ACGGCAAACUGUCUUUUGCAAUGGACAGUUUGCAAACGAAAUGUGAGGAUGUUGAUGACACAACUCCCACUGAAAAGUGCUCUUGUUCGUAUUGGAUGCCAGGGGACCAUGCUUCAGGUUGUUUCUCUGUCAUCGUCAACACCUGACAGUCCAAUUACUACCGUACUCAACUGCAGAAGCCCUAGGAAAGCACUUGAAUUCUUCAAUGCGGCUCCAGAAAAGAAUACUCAGCUUUACUCAGCCAUCAUUCACGUCUUAGUUGGAGCCAAGUUAUUUUCCAAUGCCAGAUAUUUGCUAAAAGAUCUCGUAGAAGACCUCGUCGCAAAAUCUCACAAGCCUUACUAUGUAUGUCAGUUGGCAUUCAAUGCAUUGAGUCGCUUAAAAUCCUCAAAAUUUACUCCCAAUGUUUAUGGUGAGUUAAUUAUUGUCUUAUCUAAGAUGAGGCUUGUAGAAGAAGCUUUGUGGAUGUACCGCAAAGUUGGGACGACACUCACAAAGCAGGCUUGUAAUGUGCUUUUAGAUGUCUUGGUGAAGACUGGGAGGUUUGAAUUGUUGUGGAGGAUUUACGAAGAAAUGAUUUCCAAUGGGCUGUCUCAUGAUGUUAUCACUUAUGGCAUCCUAAUCGAUGGUUGCUGCCGGCAGGGAGAUCUUUUAAGGGCACAUGAGAUGUUUGAUGAAAUGAGAGUGAAAGGAAUUGAGCCAACAGUUGUUGUGUACACCAUUCUUAUUCGUGGCCUUUGCUCAGAAAACAAAAUGGAGGAAGCAGAGAGUUUGCAUAGAGUGAUGAGGGAAGUUGGGGUGCUUCCCAACGUGUAUAGUUACAACACGUUGAUGGAUGGGUAUUGCAAGUUAGCCAAUGCAAAACAAGCUCUUAGAUUGUAUCAAGAUAUGCUGGGUGAAGGUUUAGUGCCAGAUGAUGUUACAUUUGGCAUAUUAAUUGAUGGACUCUGCAAAUUUGGCGACUCCAAGGCUGCUCGGAAUCUUUCUGUGAAUAUGGUAAAAUUUAGUGUUACUCCUAGCAUAGCUGUAUAUAAUUCUUUGAUCGAUGGUUACUGUAAGGCAGGAGAUGUUUCUGAAGCAAUGGCUUUCUUUUUGGAGCUGGGAAGAUUUAAAGUUUCACCCGAUGUCAUUACAUACAGUAUACUUAUUAGAGGUCUCUGUUCUGCAGGUCGAAUUGAAGAAGCAGAUAACAUAUUUGAGAAAAUGACGAAAGAUGGAAUUCCUGCAAACUCUGUAACAUAUAAUUCAUUAAUUGAUGGGUACUGCAAGGAAGGCAACAUAAAAAAGGCGCUGGAAAUAUGCUCCCGAAUGACUGAAAAUGGUGUCGAACCAAAUGUGAUCACUUUCUCAAUGCUGAUUGAUGGGUAUUGUAAGAUAAGGGACUUGCGAGCUGCUAUGGGCAUAUAUUCAGAAAUGGUUAUCAAAAGCCUUUCUCCUGAUGUGGUUGUUUAUACAACUAUGAUAGAUGGGCAUUGCAAAUAUGGUAGCAUAAAAGAGGCUCUUAAACUCUAUAAUGAUAUGUUGGAAAAUGGCCUUACCCCAAAUUGUUUCACUAUCAGUUGCUUAUUAGAUGGACUUUGUAAAGAUGGCAGAAUUUCAGAUGCACUCGAACUUUUCACGAAAAAGAUAGGAUUUGGGACUACCAGGUGCGAUGUUGAUGCGGGAGGAACCGAGCCUUCAUUCACAAAUAAUGUCGUGUAUACCGCUUUAAUCCAUGGAUUGUGUGAGGAUGGGCAAAUUUUUAAGGCAGCAAAGUUGUUUUCAGACAUGAGAUGUUACGGUUUGCAACCAGAUGAAGUGAUUUAUGUAGUCAUGUUACAAGGGUACUUCCAAGUUAAACGUGUCCUCAACAUGAUGAUGCUACAUGCAGACAUGUUAAAAUUUGGUGUCAUCCCAAAUUCCGCCAUCUACUCGAUAUUAUGUAAGGGUUAUCGAAAGAGCGGAUUUCUGAAAUCGGCUCUUAAUUGUUCCAAAGAUCUUGAGGAAGAAUUACAUUAACGAGGCUAUCUAGUUGUGACUGGAGAAAUUUUAAGCAUCCCCAUUGUCUGCUCCAUGAAGCUGAGUGAAAAAAAGGUCACCCAGGAAACCGGGCUAUUUUAUCUCGUGCAAACACUUUGGAGCUUGACAAGGCUUACUCUUGUUGACUCAUAUGGAGCCUAAUUCUCUCUCAAGAUUUGAUCAUAUUUUUUGUUGAGAAAUUGGGGAAUUGGUUGGGAAUGAAUGGGGAGGUGGUUUUCUACUUGUGAAGACCGAAGAGAGUUUCACUGUUGAUCCUGAGGAAGAUAUAGAAUCAGAAAACCAGAAAAUCAUUGAAGAAAUGGUUUGAAAGGACAAGAACUUGGAUACAUUCCCAUCAUCUGAGUCACUUUAUUGGAUGGUUCAUCUCCCCCAAUUUGAGUUGAAAGACUACCGAAGUACCCCCCCAAUCCCCAUAUUUCUUGGGAAAAAAAAUUUCCCCCCUCCUAAUUGUUGACAUUUAAUAUAUGGCUCAAAUAAGUGUUGGCAACAGUAAUUUAAAGCAUGUUCACAACUAAAUUGGAGGAACUUCCAUGUCUAUUUCUCGAUGAACAUUUAAAUAGUAUAGUAUGUACGUAGGCCACGAUUAUCCAAGGAGAAAUGUAAUGAAUUAUUAGGAAUCUGAAAAGUAGAUUAUUUGGUUACAUUUAUUGUUGUUUACUUGUUUGGAAUUCACUUUCAAAUCUGUAAACGAAAAAUGCAAUUUAAUUGAAGUGUAGAGGGUGAUCAA